AUGGCCGCAACAUUUUGUGACCGAGACGCAUUGCGCACUAGAUUUUCUAAAGCAAUGUCAGAUAUGUAUAAAAAUGAAGUGCCCUCCUAUGCCGACUUAAUCGAUAUUGUGACAGAAGUCAAUGCCAAUUCAAUAUCUCAAAAUCCAUUGAAUGCAAGACUGGGAAUAAGUUCUCCUGAUAUCAAUAAUAUCGACAGACUCACUCUCGAAAGGCAUGGAGCAAUUCGUCUUGGGACACCUUUUGAGCUUUCAACGAUCAGGCGAUUAUUCUCUCAGUUUGGCAUGUACCCCGUAGGAUACUACGACCUUAGCGUUGCUGGCUUACCUUUACAUGCAACGGCCUUCAGGCCUAUUGAUGCCGAGGCCCUCGAAAAGAACCCCUUUCGAGUCUUCACAACGCUUCUGAGGCCCGAUCUACUGAGGAACGAAGCUCGAGAAUUGUCCCAAGAUAUACUGAGGAAACGAAAGAUAUUCCCCAAUCGGCUCCUGGAUAUGCUUGAUGACGCGGAAAGAAAAGGGGGUGUUGUGCCGGAACUUGUGGACGAGUUUAUCAAAGAAACCCUGGAGGUAUUUUGUUGGCAUGAAACUGCUGCAACAAGUCAUGACGAAUACUUGCAGCUCAAGGAUGAACACCCUCUUCUGGCGGACAUUGCAUCUUUCCAAAGUGCUCAUAUAAACCAUCUUACACCGAGGACGCUGGAUAUUGAUCAGGCACAAGUGGCCAUGAAAUUAUAUGGGCUGCAAGUCAAAGAAAGAGUAGAAGGGCCUCCACCUCGAAAAAAUGGGAUACUUCUCAGACAAACAAGUUUCAAGGCAAUUCAUGAGAAAGUACGUUUCUGCUCCUCGAAGAAUGGUACGGUACAGGGUAUUCAUACAGCGAGGUUUGGGGAGAUCGAGCAACGGGGCGCUGCAUUGACAUAUAAAGGUCGAGAGCUGUACGAUGCUCUUCUUAUGGAAGUCAAUACCAAAACAAGAGAUUUGGCGCUUGGAGCCCCGAGUUACAAUCAAAUUUUAGCAGAGGUAUUCUCUGCAUUUCCAGACGAUAAAGAUACCCUUCGAUCCCAGGAGCUUAUAUUCUGCUGCUAUAAGCCAACCACUAAAGCACUCGCACUAAUAUCCGACAAUAAGACCGUUUUCCCAACAUCGAUAGAUGAACUGCUGGGUCAAGGGUAUAUGGAUUUCGAGCCGGUGACCUAUGAAGAUUUUCUCCCAUUUUCUGCUGCUGGUAUAUUCCGAUCGAAUCUUGGUGAAGCUGGUCGUGAAAAUCCGAGUAUGAAGCCAGUUCAAGACAAAAUGGGAUUUGAAGAGUGUCUAGGUGACAAGACGCUUGAUAGCAUGGAGCUAUAUUCCGAGAUCCAGCGGAAAAGUUUAGAGUAUUGCUUGGACGUUUUCAACCUCAAAGAUAUGACCCGGUAG